CUCCGACUAACCACCACCAACUCCUCACAAAUUCAUCACAAAUACGGACAGAAUCGUCUCAACAAAGUAACCUUGAUCGUUUUCUCAUAUUUUCUCUUGUGUACAUCGCAAUAUGCCUCAUUGAUCCAUGAAGACGUAACCUUGACAUACUGAACACCCCAGUUGGUUAUGAACCGGAUCCAUCAGCUGGGGCGUACACGUUAGGUGGUCGCUUGCAAAGUAUGUUGCAAUUAUUGGCGGCUCAUUUUUGAUCAUCUGUAGAGUAUUACGGAAAUGAUAAAGGGCAGUGACGGAUCCGCUACCUCGUGUAAAAUGUCUCCAAAUUUACUUGAUUGGAGCUUACGACUCUCCAUUAUGGAAUGGGGAGGUUUCCGCGAAUUUCGAGUGAACACUUUUCACCCAAAGUAGCCCGCAGGAAGCAUGUCAACAAAAGUCCAACGCAAAGUGAGCGGUUAUCUCCAGCUGCGCGGAAAUCUGAAGGACUCGCAACGGCACACUGCUCGUGCCCUGAAGCAUGAGAAUGUGAUUGGGCGCGAGUUCGUCGGUUACAGAAGGACGUCGGCGCCUAUCGAUUACGAUGAUUACUCGGUACCAUACGGAGGCUGGAAUCGGGGCUUGCGGAACAACUCGGGGUCAUGGUACGGAACGUUCACAAGACAACCUGUAAGCGUCACGAAAGAAAUCUUAAAUCGGCUCCGUUUUGCUCAACAUUUCGGAGAUGAGACCUUUACAACUUUCAAUGGGAAGAUUCUUCAAUUUAAACGCCUAACUUGGGCGCAAAUUCCGGAUGAGCAGCACUCUAUCACCGGUGCCGUGAAGAGGCCAUCGGCGAUAAGCUGCCUUUCCGGACCAAAUAGACGCCUCCAGCACCUCGUGCAUGUCCUUAAUUAUAACCACCUCAUAUCUGGUCCUGUACCGCUUUCCCC